CUGGCUGACGCGUCCUGGAGCGGAAAAAAAAAAAACAGAAGAAGAAGAAGACGGGAGUGAGCGAUCGUGCCGGCGGGGAACGCUUCUGACGCGCUCGCCUCAGACAUACAGUAUAUUCUCAUUCUAUAUAUAUAUAUUUUUUUAAUAAGAUCUUUCGAAGGAGUUUGGGUGAUUUCGCGACGAGGAUUGGCGACAAUCUGAGGAAAGUUGAAUGGAUAUAUGCUGGCUGCGGUCGGCGGAUGGUGCGCAUCGUUCCCCGUGUGCAGCACUCUGCAGCAUCCACAGCGAUCACUGCAGCCCGCAGACUGAAAACCUCUGACUCUCACAUCACAGGAGCAGGAUCCGAAUGAAGUUUCAACAUGAAGCAACCCAAGGUGGAUGUUACUAGCACCUUGCUCCAUCUCUUCCGGACCUGCCGCUCCAUCUGUUUGACAACGCGCUCAAAGUAGCUCCUGGUUGACGGCGACAAUGGAGGAGAGCAAGCUCAUCUUCAGUCUGGACCGCCGCGAUGAAGGCCCCAUUGUGGCCUUUUCCAAAGACAAACCACCGGGCAGGGAGAGCCAGCCUGACCUCACGCUCGGGAUAGAUUUGGACCUGAGCCACCGCUCCCAGCCCCCCUUCCUGCCUCACUCCCCCUCAUCCCCUGGCUCUUUAGCUGAUUUGUCGGCGUCAUCAGCAGGCCUGCUCGUCACCACCAACCUGGUCAAAUCCUCCUCUACAGACCUGGAGCCGAGCGAGAGCGGCUCUCUGCGGAGCAAACCGCUGCUCAGCCUGGUCAAGUCCCUGAGCACCGAGAUUUCCCGCCGGGUUGAGCCAGAAGUUAACCUCUCUAAGUCAGACUCCAAGCUGCAUUUGCAUCCCUGGAAGCAGCUUACGCACCCGAGGAUCCCCGAGGCCAGGCCUGAAGCAGUGGAACUGAGUGAGAAAGAAUACUGGGAAUCGUCUCCCUCCGUGCCUCCUGCUGAGCCCCGGGGCAGCUCGCUGAUCGCGGAGCUGGAGGACACACGGAGGAAGUUCUCUGAGGCCAUGCAGGACCCGCUGAGCAUGCUGAGUAAGAUCAUGGGGGACGAAAGCUCCGGCAGCCCCAAGCAGGGGAGGGCCUCCAGUGCUGGAGACUCACCGGCCUCCCAAGGCAGCUGCGGAAGAGACUGGGGCGGCGAAGAUAUUGAACUGAAGUGCCGGAGGAGGGCUGAUGGUGAGCACAGAGGUGUGUGCGACAGUCCUCUGAGAAGACUCCAACAGAACUCCUUAAUAAAGUCCUCCGUCUCCCCAGAACACCACAGCAGAGACAGCCAGUUGGAAAUCCGCACUUACGGGGAUGUGAUCCAGGUGGUGGAGCUCCAGAACGGAUCCGGAGGGUCCCAUCAUAGAACUUACCCCCAGUCACGAGUCACGGUGCCCGGCUCAUCACUGCCUCUCCACUGGCUCUUCCCUGUGGGUCUUCUAGCUUACGGUUUCUUUGUGUUGCCGCUGCCCUCCUAUGUGACAGGUCUGUCUGUGGGGGUGGCGUGUGGCUUCAUGUUGGGCCUGGUGGUGGUGUUCAUGUUCGCCCCGCGACGCUCAUCCGCAAGACGCAACAAGGGCUCAUGUUGGAGCAAAUCAAGCCCUCUGAACACGGAUCCACUGGAUGGGGAGCUCACGGAUACAGAAAUCCUUGAGGGCUGGAUGAAUGAGACACACAGCUACGACCCUGAGACUUUCCACCCCUCCAUCACUCACUCUGUCUACGUCACCCUGGAGGGCAGCCGGCUGCGCCUGGCGUACCCACGUGCCAACAUCCCCCGGUGGGCAGGGUUCGAGGAGGCGCCCCACGAAGCCUCAUUUUUGCGUUCACGUGCUUACCAGCUGGCUAACUGUAAGGUGUCUCUGUUGCCGCCUGGUUUGGCUCGCAAGAGGGUCUGGAACAAGAAAUACCCCGUCUGCCUGACUCUGGCCGAGGGGGAGGCUGUUGAGGAGAGCGUGGUUGAAGGGCAGGAGGAGGAGGAAAAGGCAGAGCGGCACGUCAUGGUUGCGGACCACCAGCUGCCCGUCACCCUGUACCUGUUUGGCCGCACAGGAAGAGAGAAGGAGGAGUGGUUCCAGCACUUCCUGUCCGCCUCGCGGGCUGGAGCCAAGGGCAGCGUGAGCGGGGAGGAGAGCUCGGAAACAUUGUGCGCUGGAGAGGCUAUAAAAGAAAACACAGAGGGAUUGCCUGACUUGCCCGGAGCUAUGAAAACAAGGACGCUUUUAGACUACAGCACCUACAUGACUCAACUGCUCGUCUCCGAAAGUUGCAAUCCCGCCACCAGCCCCUGCCAAAGCGACAAGGGAAGCCCUACAACCAACAAGAAGAUUCACAACGAAGAGCAUGGAUCUGGAGGUCAAGCUGGAGCUGAGCCCAGCACGAGUCCAGGAUCAGAGGGAUGCUCUGCAGAGGGCCAGCCCACGUGGGUGAACUCCCUGGUGGGAAGGAUCUUCUGGGACUUUCUCAGAGAGAAGUACUGGACCGAUCAGGUGGCACACAAGAUCCAGAAGAAACUGAGCAAGAUCAAGUUGCCGUACUUCAUGAAUGAGUUGACACUGGCUGAUCUGGACAUGGGCACGUGUCUGCCUCAAGUCCUCAGCACCUCCAAGCCUACACUGGACCGCAGAGGCUUGUGGCUGGAGCUGGAGGUGGUGUACACAGGCUGCCUUCAGAUGACCCUGGAGACUAAGAUGAACCUCUGCAAGCUGGGCAAAGACGCAGAGGACGAGGCUCACAGCGCUCCAGAGACGCAGCAAGUUGGCUCCAAGCCCAGGCUGUGUGUCCUGGCCGACAGUGAUGAAGAGUCGUCCAGCGCAGGCUCGUCCGACGAAGAGGAAGCCCCCCCCUCUGAGCCGCAGGGGUCUCCGGGAGACAAGAGCACAGCAGGAGCAGCUGAAGGGCACACCGGUGGCAGCACAAGCAGGAAGAUCUUGAGGUUCGUGGACAAGAUAGCGAAGUCCAAGUACUUCCAGAAAGCCACGGAGAACGAGUACAUCAGGAAGAAGAUUGCCGAGGUGUCCAACAUGCCUCUGAUGCUCAGCGUCGAGGUCCUGGAGCUCUCUGGAACUCUGGCCGUCAACAUCCCACCUCCCCCAACUGACAGGAUAUGGUACAGUUUCCGGGUGCCACCCAGAUUAGACCUUCAUGUGCGCCCCACUCUUGGGGAGAGGGAGGUCACCUUCACUCAUGUCACUGAGUGGAUUGAGAAGAAACUGCAGUGCGAGUUCCAGAAAGUGUUUGUCAUGCCAAAUAUGGACGAUCUGUAUCUGCCCCUGAUGACGUCUGGCCUGGAUAACCCACCCGCAUCCCACCAAUCCUCGAUCCACUCAUCCCAUCAGUCCUCUAUGGAGUCCCAGGAUUACCUGUCAGAGUAG